CGCCUUUGUUCUACCUCCGAUCACUGACAGGAGAAAAUCUGCAGAUGCUGGAAAUCCAACCAACACACACAAAAUGCCGGAGGAACUCAGCAUUAGUACUCUUUUCCAUAGAUGCUGCCCGGCCUGCUGAGUUCCUCCAGCAUUUUGUGUGUGUUGCUUGUUCCACUUCCUUUUGUUCUGGACUUUUCUACCCGUGACGACAUGUUUUGUACCAUUCUCUCUGGAAGAUAAUGAUAUCAAAAACCUUUGCCCUGGGCAACAAGUAGCUUUCACCUCACAAAUGUGCCAGACUCCAGUGAGACAGACUACUGCCCUUCCCUUCAUAUUCAUUGGGAUUGCCAUCACUGAGUUCACCACCGUCAGUCAUUGGGGGAGACUUCAGGGGAAAUAUUUAUGUACAAUACAGAAACUGGUGAUACCUGUGUGUAUUGUGGUGAUGAAAAAGUUGUUGGAGAGUUUACAAGAGGGAAGAAUUGGAGUGAUAUUUGGAAAUCUGACUUUUUAAAGCGUAAUUUAGCAAGCAAACCACUUAUGGACAAAGUGCAAAAGCACUGGAGAGAAAAUCCUUCAUUACCCUUUACAGGCCUGUGACAUGGUGUGAGAGGGCAGAUGAACUGGAUCGAGCCCAGAGGAGAUCACAGUUCUUACAGACAGUGAUUUGCUGGCUGUUAAAAUGAAUACCUCUCUAUAUAAAAUUUGCAGUGCACAUGUUGUCACUGGGUAAAAGAAUGCACAGUACAAGAUUUCUGUGCACACUGGUGAUUACAAAUUAGAGGGGACAUUGGUGUGGAGAACUCCAGUGUCCCUGACACCCUCACCUACAAGAUGUGCACCCAGCUGCACUUUGAGGAGUUGGAGCUGAAAAUGGAUGAAUUGUGGAUCAUCCAGCAGUUGGAGGUGGUGAUAGAUAUGACAUGAAGAGAGGUUAAAAAUGACAAGGAAUUUGCCUACGGGAACCUCGAACACAACACGCUAGUUUUGCUGUCUCUGUCCAGAUAUUUAAGAACAGGAGCAAGGGAUUCAGCCGAUCAUCCUUCCUGCUCAGACUGUGGGGAGGGAUUCACUUGAUCAUCUGACCAAUUGGCACGCCCAUUAGUUUACAUGGGGGGAGCCCAUUCAUCUGCUCAGACGGUGGGAAUGGAUUCACUCAGUCAUCUCAACUGAAGGUACAUCAGCAAGUUCACACUGGGACAAGGCCAUUCACCUGUUUGUUCUGUGUGUGAGCAGGGAUUCAGUGGGUCUUCCCACCUGUGGACACACCAGUCAGUUCACAUUGGGCAAAGACUGGUCAUCUGAAGAAUUUGUUGGGAAGCAUUCACUCUGUCAUCUGACCUAAUGGCUCACCAGCGAGUUCACACUCGGGAGCGGCCGUUCACCUGCUCAGACUGUGGGAAAGGAUUCACUCAGUCAUCUCAGUUACUGAGACACCAGUCAGUUCACACUGGGGACAGGCCAUUCAACUGCUCACUCUGCGGGAAGGGAUUCACUUCUGCAUAUAAGCUACUGAGACACCAGUCAGUUCACACUGGGGAGAGGCCAUUCACCUGCUCAGACUGUGGGAAGGGAUUCACUUCAUCAUAUCAGCUACUGAGACACCAGUCAGUUCACACCGGAGAGUGGCCGUUCACCUGCUCAGACUGUGGGAAGCGAUUCACUGAAUUAUCUCGACUGAAGAUACAUCAGCGAGUUCACACUGGAGAAAGGCCGUUCACCUGCUCAGAUUGUGGGAAGGGAUUCGCUCAGUCAUCUCAACUGAAGGUACAUCAGCGAGUUCACACUGAGGAAAGGCCGUUCACCUGCUCGGACUGUGGGAAGGGAUUCACUUCAUCAUCUCUACUGAAGGUACAUCAGCGAGUUCACACUAGGGAGAAGCCAUUCACCUGCUUGGACUGUGGCAAGGCAUUCACUUCAUCAGCUCACUUACUGAGACACCAGCAGCGAGUUCACACUGGGGAGAAGCCAUUCACCUGCUCAAUCUGUGGGAAAGGAUUCACUUCGUCAUAUAAGUUACUGAAACACCGGUCAGUUCACACCAGAGAGUGGCCGUUCACCUGCUCAGACUGCGGGAAGGGAUUCACCGAAUUACCUCAACUUAAGGUACAUCAGCGAGUUCACACCAGAGAGAGGCCAUUCACCUGCUCAAACUGUGGGAAGGGAUUCUCUCAGUCAUCUCAACUGAAGGUACAUCAGCGAGUUCACACUGGAGAGAAGCCGUUCACCUGCUCAGACUGUGGGAAAGGAUUCACUCAGUUAUCUCAACUGAAGGCACACCAGAGCGUUCACACCGGAGAGUGGCCAAUCACCUGCUCGGACUGCGGGAAGGGAUUCGCUUCGUCAUCCCAUCUGAAGAUACAUCAGCGAGUUCACACUGGAGAGAGGCCGUUCACCUGCUCAGACUGUGGGAAGGGUUUCUCUUCGUCAUCCCAUCUGAAGAUACAUCAGCGAGUUCACACUGGAGAGAGGCCGUUCACCUGCUCAGACUGUGGGAAGGGAUUCUCUUCGUCAUCCCACCUGAGUUCACACUGGAGAGAGGCCAUUCACCUGCCCAAACUGUGGGAAGGGAUUCUCUCAGUCAUCUCAACUGAAGGUACAUCAGCGAGUUCACACUGGAGAGAAGCCGUUCACCUGCUCAGACUGCGGGAAGGGAUUCACCGAAUUACCUCAACUUAAGGUACAUCAGCGAGUUCACACCAGAGAGAGGCCAUUCACCUGCUCAAACUGUGGGAAGGGAUUCUCUCAGUCAUCUCAACUGAAGGUACAUCAGCGAGUUCACACUGGAGAGAAGCCGUUCACCUGCUCA